AUGACCGAUGCUGAGGGCCAUGGGAUCUUCAUCCCAACCAUGUUGGGCUGGAAGACGGUUCGCCUCAGCUGCGGUGAUGCGGGCUGCACACGCGAAGAGAGCACCGAAUCUCACCAAGUCUACCUGCCCUACGCUGCCGACUUUGGCCGAUUGAUGUUAAAAGCGCGGCCCCACUUGCCGGACUGGGAGUGGAAAGGUGUGAACGGCCCACUUUGUCUCUUCGAAGACAGUGGCCACCAGGGCACCCCACUGCAGCGGGCACACCAGCUGGGAACCACGGAGUGUUUGCUUCAGUUCAGCUACAACAACUCCAUGGUCCGUUUGAACAGCGCGCACGUCUAUUCGGGCGAGUGGGGCGAGAUUUUCAUCAGCAUCCCAGCCCUUUUCAACUUCUCAGAGCGCUUCGGCGAGCUCCCCCUGAGCAGCGCGACGCGCGACCGGGACGCAAGCGGCAAGCAGUUCACGGCGGAGCGCUGUGCCCCACGCAGUCGUGGUGGACGCUUCCAAGUGCGAGUGUCCACGGAAGAGGCCUUGGCGUUUCCGGAAUUCCUGGGCAUGCGGAUCCCCAUUGAGAUGUCCAAGAGCUCGGUUUGCUGGUUCGGCUCUCCGUGGUUGGAGAAGUUUGUCCACCACGACAUCUGGCAUUGGUUCCAAUUGGUGGAUGCUGGACAUCACUGGCGCUGCUGGCGCUUGAGGGUUCACAUCGUCUACGAUCCGCUCUUUUUCCAUCACCAGAGGAUCACCCGGGAGGCGGAUCACAUCGGAGGCGUCGCCGUCUUCGAGGAGCGCAAGGACGCGGGUUUCGCCUUUCUCUUGGAGAGUAAGACGGGCACCGUGCGGAGGUUCAACUUCGGAGUCUUCGUAUUGGCGUUGACUGCUUUGACCUGGCUGGUGAGUAUGCCCCGACUCAUUUGUGAGAUCAUGGCAGUGGCCUCGAAGUGGGUGCCUGGCAGAGACGUCUACCGCGCGGUGCUCUAUCGAACCUUCAACAUCCGCAACGAGAUCGUGGCGUGGAUGGUGCGCUCGCUGGAGGCCGCGAACACCCUGCGGAGGAUCAGCCAGAAGGAUGGAAACACUGAGUCUGUGGAAAUCGGCGCCAUCAUCGACGAGCUGCGCAAGGCCUUCAGGAACCACCAGGAAGCCGAGGAUGUCAUUGAACACCUCUCCAACUUCCUGCUUCAAACGAUGGAGAAGAAGGAGUUGGCGGAUUGGGUGCGACAAGUGCAGAAGACCGAGGUGGUCAAUACAACUCGCUUGGCCGAAUGGGACCAGGAUGCUUUUCAGUCUGUGAAAGAGAUCUGGAGGAAUGUGCGCACCAAGUCAUUUCAGUGUGUCAGCGAAGAGGGCUCAGAGUCGGAAGUUGAUACCUCCAUGGACACGGGCGGUUCGGAGCAGCCACAGGGCGCCCACCGACGGGUCUGGCAGCUUCUGGAGACAGAUUCCGGACCGCCGUAG